UUAAUUUUGUAUUUCUAGAAAACAAUUUUGGUUUUUAGAUAAAAAAAAAUGGCAAAAGCAACAUAUCAGGUCACGACAAAGACCGAUGAGCUAUACGCUGUGUCAUCGACCAAAUCAAAAGUUUCCAUUCAACUAGUUGGUCAAGAUGGUGACCAUACUGAGUGGGUUUUAUUGAACAAGCUGUUAAGAAGAAAUUUUCAAAGCGGAAAAAUUGAUGUCUUUAUCAUUGAGGCCAUUGAUGUCGGGCGACCUGUCAUCGUUAGGAUAAAACUUGACAAGAGAAAACCGAACAGCAGUUGGGGAUGUGAAUAUAUUACUGUUAAAUAUGGCGAAUUCACAGAUGAAUUUCCAGUUUACGAAUGGGUUUCCGAAACAAUUGACGUAGUCGAAGGAACAGCAAUUCUGCCACAAAACAUGGUCAAUCCUUAUUUAAAAAACGCGAGAGAUGAUGAAAAAGGACAAAAUCAACUUGUGUAUUCGUGGCAGAAAAGAUCAGAUGCUGGAGAAAAUUGGAAACUGCCACGUUAUCAAGCAUGUCAGACCUACGAAGGACUCCCGCAAAUGUUCAAAAAGCAGGACGCAAGAGUCAAGAGAAAAGAAGAAGUGUUGACAAUGGUCAAAAGGAAUGAAUUGUUGAUGAAAUUCAAGACCUACUUUUUCUCUAUUAACGAGCCAAAUGACUUCAAGAAGUUGAUAUACAACGAAAAUAUGCUUCCUCAAUUGCCGUCUUUCAUGGAGAAAUGGAACGAAGAUGAAGAGUUUGGACGGCAGAUGCUAAAUGGCAUAACACCAAACAAUGUUGUCAGAUGUUUGAAGAUACCCCCAUUCUGCAAUAUAACUGAAGAUCAUGUCAAAGGAAUAUUGCCAGUGGGGAAGGCAUUAAAGAAAGAAAUUUUGAACGGUCAUAUUUACAUGAAGGAUUUCUCAUACAUUUUUGCUGGAAUUAGUAGAAAUGUACAGGUAAAUGGUGAACCUUUAUAUUGUCCUAAUGCGGUAGCUCUGUUCUACUCUAAUGAAGAUGGAAAAUUCCUGCCGAUUGCAAUACAACUGGAGAGGGACAAUGAAGAAUCUGUCUUUACACCCCUGGACGAACAGCACGAUUGGGAACUUGCAAAGAUGUAUUUUAGAUGCGCUGAACAUAUGUCAGCUUUGGGAGAACAAUCAAUUCUGCGCGACGUUAUGGAACCAGUGGCAGUUUCACUCUUUCGGUAUUUUCCGAGGUGUCACCCAGUCUAUAAGUUGCUUCGCCCGCAUCUCCAAGGACUACCGGGAAUUAAUCAAAUUAACAGAGACCAAGGCUCUUCGCCCAACGUGUUCAUCGGAUUAGAUGAUCAGGACAUGCGAAACAAAUACUAUGAAAACUUUGAUUUUGCUGACUUAAUCAUGCCACAAAGAUUCAGAAAAUUUGGAGUUCAUGACAGAGAUUUGCUGCCCAAUUAUUUCUUCAGAGAUGAUGCUCUACUUUUGUGGACAGUUGUUGAAAAAUAUGCCUCCAAAGUAAUUUCCCAUUACUACAAGUACAAUCAGGACGUUGUCGAAGAUAAAGAAAUUCAAACAUGGAUUGCUGAUUUGGCAUUGGAUGGAUAUGCUUGGUUCGAUGGUUAUGCAAGAGGUUGUCCAGGAAGUUUCAAAACCGUUGAUGACUUGAAAUCUUUUGCAACAGCUAUCAUUUAUACUACAUCCGUCCACCAUGCAGCAUUGCAUUAUCCUGCCUAUGACUACUUCAAAUUUAUUCCCAACUGCCCGAGUGCAAUGAGACUGCCGGUACAUAAAACAGGGGAGGCAUCUCAUCAGAGAAUUCUGGAUUCACUUCCCGACCUCCAACUUGCUACAUUACAAAUCAAUCACGCGUUCACAGAAUACAGGCAUGUUCCUAACGAGAUCCAAUUGGGAGAAUUUUCCAUGAAGCUAUUCACAGAACCUGAAGUUUUGAAGUUUCAAGACGAAUUCCUGGAUGAAAUGAUGGAUGCAACAUGUGAAAUAAGAAAAAGAAACGAAAAUGUUAAGAUUCCAUACGAAUACCUGCUUCCAGAGAAUAUACCAAACGGCAUCCAAAGCUAGUUCAGUUAAAUAUUUGUAUAUAUAUUUACUUUGUAAAUAUCUCUUUUAUACGCAUA